UGAAUGUGACCCGUAAUUAUUUAUGAAUGCUACCGUUGUUAUUAUGUUCAAGAUUUUCAAAAUCUUAAAAUACAUUUAAAGUACACUAAAAUGUCUUAUCGGGAGAUAGAAAAUGAAGCAGAAGAAAAAAUUUUGGGCAAACCAACUGUAAUACGUAAUGCCACCGACUUGCAAAGGCUAAAACUGGAGAAAUUAAUGAAACAUCCUGAUAAACCGGUGCUUCUCCCCGAAAAACCGAAAGACAGAGGAGUACCGAUAGUGCCGGAAUUUGUUCGAAACGUAAUGGGAUCGAGCGCCGGUGCCGGGUCGGGAGAAUUUCACGUUUACAGGCACCUGCGAAGGAAGGAGUACGCACGGCAAAAGUACAUGAGGGAGAAGGGCGAAAGGGAUCGAUUAGAUGACGAGUAUCAUCAGAAGUUGGAAGAUAACAAGAGAAAGGCGGAGGAAAUGACGGCAAAGCGACGAGCAAAAAGACUGAAACGCAAGAACAAGAAAGGCUCUUCUCAAUCCGUGAAAAAGAGUGAAAGCGAGGAAAGCUCGGAGGCGGAGAACGAGGGUGAUGAACGAAGCUGUAACGAGGAUAAUGAGUCUAAAGAAAAAACUGAAAGCAAUGCCAGUGAACAUGAGGAGGGUGUGUCCGAAAAUGAAAGUGAGGAAAAUGCCAGCGAAAUUGAGAAGGAUGUUGUUUGUGACAGGCCUAAAAAUGAAGGUGAAGAGGAAAUUCAACAAAAUCCCAGUAAAGAUGAGCUGGAUGGUGUUUGUGCCAAGUCCAAAAAUGAGAGUGAACACAGUGUGAAUGAAGGUGAUGAUAAAAAUGAUGAGCAUAAUGAACUGUAAUUACUUGCUAAUUUCUGUUAUUUACUUCUUUCUGAUAGGUAUAUAACGUUUUAUUUGAAUGGAAGUAAUGUCAUAAUGAUUGUAUAUAAAAAAUAGUAAAUAGGCUUCUAAAUCGUUUA